GUCUAAACUGUAUCGUCAGAAAAUAUAUCAAUUAACUGUAGUUUGUAAGCCGCUUGAUGAAUAUUGGUCAAGAGAAGAGUCCGCAUCCGCAGCAGCAGCAGCCGCCCAACAGCCAAAGCCCGAGCCCGAGCCAAAGCCAGAGCCCGAGUCACAAUCACAAUCACAAUCAUAAUCAGAACAACCACAGCCACAGUCACAGCCGAAUCACAGUCAGCACAGAUCUGCACAGUCACAGUCCAACGAGUACCCAAUUGGGUGGUGCCGGGGCCAUUGAGUAUCCCUAUCAGCAUUUGCUCGGCUAUCGGUAUCCGCUGCCCGGCCAUGAGAGACAGCACCAUCAACACCAACAUCAUCAUCAUCACCAUCACCAUCAUCCUAAUCACAAUCACAAUCACACAAUUGGUCACAAUCUCAGGCGCUCGACAAACGAGCGAAUGAGCAGCCCUAGUCCCAUACCCAUUCCGAUGGUGAUGACACCCAGUAGACGCAGCUCGCCGCCUUUGCCGCUGCCAGCAUCGCGUCAUCACGCUCUCAAUCUCAAUCUGAAUUUGAAUCUCAAUGCCAGCGGAGUUGCGGGUGGUGGACAGCCAACACUAUCGCUAUCGCCAUCGCAAUCAAUGAGCGCUCACUUCUCCUCGUUGGCCCAUGCCCAGUUGCAUUUGCAAUCGCAGUUGCAUCAAAAGCUCUCGGCCAGUUACUUUCGCAGUCCGCCCUCCCCGACAGCUGCUGGUGGUCAGUCAGCGAACUCGACCAGUUCGGCCUCGUCACCGCAUUCGGCCCAGUCGGCUCUCAAUCCGUUGAGCGAUCUUCAGAACAUGCAACCCUUUGACUUUCGCAAAAUGGCUGCCAAUUCGGCCACAUUGGGCGCCUUCUCAUCGCCACUGCCACCCAGUCCCACGGACUUUGUGCAUCAUCAUCAGCAGCAGCUGCAGCAGCAGGUCCUAGCACAGGCCCGUCGACGCAUCAGUGAGGCGAGUACGCCGGGUGAGAAGAGCGCCGCAGUGGCUGCUGCAGCAGCGGCAGCCGCAGCAGCUGCCCAGAGCAAUCAGUUCUUUAGCGCCAUGGCCAUGGCUGGACAUACGUUACCCUAUCACUUGCCACCACCGCCCCCACCACCGCCUCCGCCACAGCAGAGCCAGCAGCAGCAGCAGCAACAUCAUCAACAGACAUCGUCACAGUCACAGUCACAGUCCUCUCGGGAAAGCAAUAGAGAAGUGGUUGGAUCCAAUCCAUCGGGCUCGGGGACUACAGUGGGGCCAUCUGCACUUUCAGAACUAAGUCAUAGACGUGAAACCCAAUCACCGCCCUGUCACAGUCACAAUCAAUAUCAUCCGCAUUCGCAUUCGCAUUCGCAUUCGCACCACCAAAAGCCAGCAGGAGUCACAGUCGAGUCACAGGAGUCUUCAUCUGGUGGCAAAGGUCGUCAUUUGCCAAGUGCCGGUGACAAGUCAACUGGCAGCAAUAGCUGCUCCUCCUCAUCCGGUUCGGGUUCAAGCUCUCAGCAUCAGCAGCGAAUGACACGCAUGGCCUUGGCCUCCAAUCUGAGAGCUGGUCGCAAAACCCAUUCACCGGGCAGCAAACGGCAAUGGGGCUCAAUGCCAGCCAACUUGGGCACACAGUUCAUCAAUCCAGUGACCGGCAAGAAGCGGGUUCAGUGCAAUGUCUGUCUGAAGACUUUCUGUGACAAGGGCGCCUUGAAGAUUCAUUUCUCGGCCGUGCAUCUGCGGGAGAUGCACAAAUGCACAGUGGAUGGUUGCAGUAUGAUGUUCAGUUCUCGACGUUCGCGCAAUCGUCACAGCGCCAAUCCCAAUCCCAAGCUGCACUCACCGCACUUGCGGCGCAAAAUCUCGCCCCAUGAUGGACGCAGUGCCCAGCCGCAUCCCUUGCUAUUGCAGGCGCCGAAUGGUAUCAUGGCUGGACUGGGACCAUUUGGUAGUUUCCCAUUGCUGACCCCGCCGCCGGAUUUGCGUCACCAUGCGAUGGCUGGUGGUGGUGGGGGCACGGGUUCUUCCGCUCUAGAACUGAAACAUGGGCAGGAGUAUCUGCAGAGAUCAUAUAUGGAGAAUGGCAUAUUGGCGGCCCGAGGCUAUGAGGGACAUGGCCAGGGCCAGCGUGGUCGUAGGGCAGCGCCUCUAGAGGCGGAUGACGAUGACGAUGAUGAUGAUGAAAUUCUCGAGGUCGGCAUCAGCAUGCAUGACGAUGACGAUGAUGAGGACGACGACGUGGACGGAGUUGGAGAUGCAGAUGGCGAUGAUGACGAUGAUCCCGAUGGCGAUGGCAUCGUUGUGGUGGGCGAUGAAAUGGAUAGCAUACCGGGCAUCGAGGACAAACCUGGCAGUCAUCACGAUUUCAUGCUGGACAAUGAUAUCAUCGAUGAGAGCGAUGAGCGGUCCACGUCGGCCAUCUCCAGCCACAGCCACAGUCACCAAACCAAAGAGCAGCCAAGUCCCGGCAAGACGGACACAGUGGCGGAUGAUGAGAUGGGCCAAGCCCAUGGUCACGUUGGCGGAUCGGCGGCCAGCAAACGAAAGCGUAAAAGCCAAAAUCCCGUACGAUGUACGGUUCAAUCGGAUGAGAAUUCAUGUGACAAUUCCCUCGACUAUGAUGUGGCUGUGGCCGCGGAUCUGUCCAUCAAAAAGAUACGUGUCAGCGGUGAGUCAGCCAACGCAAAGGCCAAGGAAUCGGAGGAGGCCACGGAAGUGGCUACAAGUGAGUCGGCAAAGGCAAUACCUUCGCCACCACUGACUCCGCAUGUCCAUGGUCAUGCUCAUGCCCCCGCCCAGGUUAAGUCAAUGGCAGCGAUUAGCAUUAAAAAGGAACUGCAGGACGAAGGGGCUGCCAUGGCCGAUGGCCAUGGCAAGGCGGAAGCUGAAAGAGAACGAGACGGAUACGACGACAUGGAGCUGGGUGCCACAGUGCAGGAUCUAUCGCUGGGUCCACCGCCGCCCAUCAAACAGGAACCCAUAGAUGAAACGGCAUUGGGCUAUCAUAAUGAUGAGAAUCGUUAUUUGCGCAUUAAACAGGAGCUGCUUGGCACCCACGAAGAUCACGAUCAGGCGGAUCAGGAGCAUGGACGAGAGCAAGAGGAGCUGUCUAAGAGCAAUAAUAAUAAUAUUCUGACUGAUUUACCAUCCACCGAAUUGCUCAAAGCAAAUGUGAAUGGCGUUGGCCCCGAAAUGGAAACAGAUCGAACGGAAGUGGAGCCGGAGCCGGAGCCGGAUCCGGAACCCGAACCAGAGCCCGAGGUGCCCAUUGAUCAGGAGAAUCCACUCAAGUGUACGGCCUGCGGCGAAAUCUUUCAGAAUCACUUCCAUCUUAAGACCCAUUACCAAAGCGUUCAUCUCAAAUUGCAUCACAAAUGCAAUAUCGAUGGCUGCAAUGCGGCAUUCCCCUCGAAACGCAGUCGUGAUCGUCACAGUUCGAACCUCAAUCUGCAUCGCAAGCUGCUGUCCACCAGUGACGAUCAUCACGGCCUGCCCGCCGAUCCUCUGCUCGAGCUGAUGAACAUUAACAACAACAAGGCCUUUGGUGGCCCUGUUGGAGCCGCAGCUGGCAUACAGGCCGAAAUAUUGGCACGCCUCUGUGCCGGAGCCGCUCACGGUCUGAAUGUGCCGCUCUGCUUUGAGGCACUGCAGCAUCGUUUUGCUGUGGGUCAACCACCACCGUCUGCGGUGCCGCCGACGCCUUCAGCAGGAGCAGGACCACCAUCUCUACCACCACUACCACCAUCGGCAGCGGCAGCGGCAGCGGCAGCGGCGGCGGCGGCGUCUGGAGCCAAUGCUAAUGCCUUUAUGGCUGGCGCUGAUCCUCGUUUUCUGCUCAGCCAUGGUGGCAAUCCAUUGUUAUUUCCCGUUCUGCCUCGACUCUCACGUUUCCCACAAUUGACCACACACAUGAUGGCGGCAAGCGGAUUGAGUCCGUUCUGUCGUCGCACCUCCUCCGACUCGAAUUCACAGCAUUCGAUAACGUCACCGGAACAAAAAAUGCGUCCGGGCUCAGCAUCGGCAUCGCAAUCGGGUGGCGGGUCGCCCGAUUACAAUGAGGAUGCGGCGGCGGUGGCGGCACAAGUAGUGGAUGGAACACGACCCAGCCAAAGGCAAUCUCCUGAUCGCAUAUCAUGACCAUGUACCUCGUACUAUGCCAAGGCAUUGGCAUUUUAUCACUAAGAAGAUAAAAAAAACAAAACAAAAGGAAUACAUUUCGUCGAGGAUGAUCCCGCUCCCAAGAAACCAACCCUCCUCCCCCUCACCCAAGUGGAAGAUACACACACACACCUACUACUAUAUUAUAUGUAUUCUCAUUCAUGCUAGGACUACACCAUUGCUCAUUGUCAUCGAAGGAUCAAAACAAACAAAAAGGAUCGCAUCUGCUGCUUGGCUGCUUUGUUCGCCUGCGCUCAUCAAUAAUAUUAAUUAAUAAUAUUAAUAAUAAUUAUAAUUAUUAUAUACCAAUCAAUACAAUUUUACUAGGCUAAUGCUAAUAUAAAAUAUUAGAUGGAUCAACUAGCAUUUUUUUCGA